UUUUGCACAAAGAAGGAAUUUCGAAGAUAGUAAAUUAGAAUGGGCUUCAAGAAAAAGCACAAGAAGCACAAAUCUGAAAAACGUUCGUAUGAUGAAGAAGAACAGCCUCCAGAGAAAGAGAUGCAGGGAAGUCUAAGAUUGAAGUUAAAAGUCAGUGGGGAAGUUUAUAGUCCACUUCAUGACACGGGAAGCACAUCGGGCGAGAAAAAACACAAGCACAAGAAGAAGAAAAAGAAGAAGAAGGCGGAAAAAGAGAAACGCAGACACGCAGAGGAAUCUGUUCAGGAAACACCUAAAAGAACUAGAGCACAGUCAGAAGAAGAAGAUGUUUCACAAGAGGAGGAAGAGGCAGAACCUCCAGCAAAGAAACCAGCCCUUGAGGUAGUGUCUGCAGAACCUGUCAGGGAAGAGCCACGCCCAGUGGGCCGGCCCAGGAAACAAGAGGAGCAUGGUGUACUUCGCAUCUGUCUUAAACACAUACACAAGAUGUUACAAAAGAAGGAUGUGAACGGAUUUUUUGCCUAUCCUGUGAACGACAUGAUUGCACCUGGAUAUUCCAGCAUUAUUCUGAAUCCUAUGGAUCUGAGCACCAUGAUGUCUAAGAUUGAGAGUCACCAGUACAGAAAUGUUCUCGAGUACAAAAAAGAUUUUGUUUUAAUGUGCAACAAUGCCAUGACAUACAACCGACCAGAAACGAUCUACUACAGGGAGGCCAAGAAAUUACUAAGUGUUGGGAUGAAGCUCAUGUCCAAGGAAAAACUGAUCAACAUGAAGAGAAGCCUACCAUUCCUAGCCAGUAUGACAUAUGCUGAGCUUGGAGUUGAGGAACCUGAUGAGACCACAGCUCUAAUGGCAGCCAUUGUAGAGGAGGAGAGACAGGAAAAAGAGAGAGCUAAGGAGAGAGAGGAGUUGGGUAGAUUUGAGGCAAUACCUGACAACCUCAGUCCAGAGGAAAUUCUUGCACAGGCCAGGGCAGCAGCAAAAGAUGCAGCUGACAUGUUAACACUGAGGGAACCAAAAAGUAGGUUUGGGUUUUUGAGGAGGAGGAAUGAUGGCAGUACUACAAUGACGUUAUUGAACCCAGACAAUGAUGGCAUCUUGAACGAGAAAGAGCGAGUUGUAAAUUUAGGGUCACUGGUUGGUAAACUGACAACAGGUUCUGGUACAAUAACUGGGUUCAAAGAAGACAAAAGAAAUCGUCUUACUCCAGUAAUGUAUUUGAAUUACGGCCCCUUUAGUUCCUAUGGACCUCAGUACGACUCCACAUUUGCCAACAUGUCAAAAGCUGAAUCAGACCUGCUUCUUUCUACUUAUGCUGACGAGACUGGUGUACAAUAUGCCAAGAGUGUGACCUCGUUUGUUGAGAAUUCUGGAGAAUUUGCCAUUGCCAUGGUGGAUCAUCUUCUAGACAUACUGACCAAGGGAGAGCACUCUAAAGCCAAAAAGCAGUUAGAGGAAAUUCAUGCAGCUGAAGAAAAAAACAAUGAGGCAGCAGGACCCUCAGGGACUCAGUCAAACUCAGACACAAAACCUGUCAACAUUGACAUCAACUCACUCAAGACUCUCACUGACAUAGGAGUGGAUGUCUCUUUUUUAGAUAACUUUGAAAAAAUGACGUCAGAGCCAGCACAAAAGGACCCAGUCCAGGAGCGUCUGGAUCAGACAGCAAGCCUAAUUAAUGACCUUUCUGCCACUCAGAAGGAAAGACUAAGUGCACGACUCCCAAUGCAUCUGGCGCAUGUACCAGGGCCAUCAGAAAAAGAGAUUCAGCUGGCACAGAAGGUCACACAAGAACUCAAGGAACUAACCAAGGAGGUAACCCCAGCUGAUAUCUCAUCUGUCCAGGGAUUAAGGUCUGCUAUGGGAAUCACUCUAAACCCAGUUAAAACAGAACCAGUCGAAGAAACUGUACAACCUGAUCCUGUAGCCAACCAAAACUCACAAGACAUAAAUACUGAUCAUGUGACCGAUAAUUCAAUUGUACCAACCAGUCAAAUUGACUCUAAUAGUGCAAUGCCAGUGCCACAACUAGAUGAGGAUGACAUGGAAACUGACAUUAGUGAAUUUUUACAGUUUCCAUCACAGUAACUUUGUUUAUUGAUUUGUUGUGGUCAUGAUUUCAGUUUUGAAUAUACUGUGUCAGACAACCUUGUGAUUUAUAUUUCAGGUUUUUACGUACUGUGCUUCAUAUGAGAGAAUUGGGUUUGAAAGAAUGAGAUGUAAACACAUAGCAAACUUUGUCAUUGUUGUUAUAGUGGUGCUUAAAAACAUCAUCAGUGCUGUGGCAUUUAUGAAUCUAUCAUUAAUGGCAAAUUACAGAUAAAAGUAACUGUUGUCAGUCAUUUUUAAAAUAUAUUUCAUAUAAAUGUA